AUAGAAUGGGCGUAUUUCUUUGCACUGUAACCUUCCGAAAUUUGGCAUUACUCGUUCGUGGCAUACCACCUGUUGCACUUUGCGAGAUAAGAUCAAGAUAACUGUGAUAAUUCGAUACAUGCAGUGAUAUAUAAGCUCUAGCUGCCACUCGUUAUCCAUAGUAGCUGCACUGGCUUACAAUAGUCGAAAGCUCCGACGAGUUACCGGCAUGAAUCUACGAGCAAGUGUAUUAACGACCGUAUUGGUCGUAAUUGCUACCGCUGCUGUCCACGCAUCACCUGUGGGCGACUGUCCACCAGUAGAUCCAGUGGAUCACACGGACCAUCUACCAGACAGCCAAAACUGUUCACUUUUCUACAAAUGUGAUCACGCAGCACCUGUCCUGUUUGUAUGCCCUGAUGGAUUGCACUUCAACCCUACACUGGAAGUAUGUGACUGGCCAGAUAAUGCAGGUUGCACAGGUGGAUCAGCAUCAACCUCAGCUCCCAGCUCCACAUCUGCUCCUACAAGCGCUGCCACUACAGCUGCUCCAACUUCAGCACCAAGUUCAACAGCCAAACCUGCUCCAUCAGGAGACUGUCCAGCAGUUGGCACAUGCCCACAAAAUGAAGAUGAGAAUUCUAUUGCUAAGCAUCUUCCACAUGCCUCAAACUGCAGUCAGUUCUGCAAAUGUGACCAUGGGGUACCGGUAACGUUCGACUGCCCUGCUGGACUCCACUUCAAUCCUACUCUGGAGGUGUGUGAUUGGCCAGAAAAUGCUGGUUGUGCAGGUGGAUCAGCAUCGACUUCAGCUCCCAGCUCCACAUCUGCUCCUACAAAUGCUCCCACUACAGCUGCUCCAACUUCAGCACCAAGCUCAACAGCUAACCCUGCUCCAUCGGGAGACUGUCCAGCUGUCGGCACAUGCCCACAAAAUGAAGAUGAGAAUUCUAUUGCUAAGCACCUUCCGCAUGCCUCAAACUGCAGUCAGUUCUGCAAAUGUGACCAUGGGAUACCUGUGACGUUCGACUGCCCUGCUGGACUCCAUUUCAACCCUACUCUGGAGGUGUGUGACUGGCCCAACAAUGCAGGUUGUGCAGGUGGAUCAGCAUCAACCUCAGCUCCUAGCUCCACAUCUGCUCCUACAAGUGCUGCCACUACAGCUGCUCCAACUUCAGCACCAAGCUCAACAGCUAACCCUGCUCCAUCAGGAGAUUGUCCAGCUGUUGGCACAUGCCCACAAAAUGAAGAUGAGAAUUCUAUUGCUAAGCACCUUCCGCAUGCCUCAAACUGCAGUCAAUUCUGCAAAUGUGACCAUGGGAAACCUGUGACAUUCGACUGCCCUGCUGGACUCCACUUCAACCCUACUCUGGAGGUGUGUGACUGGCCAGAAAAUGCAGGUUGUGCAGGUGGAUCAGCAUCAACUUCAGCUCCCAGCUCCACAUCUGCUCCUACAAGUGCUGCCACUACAGCUGUUCCAACUUCAGCACCAAGCUCAACAGCUAACCCUGCUCCAUCGGGAGACUGUCCAGCUGUCGGCUCAUGCCCACAAAAUGAAGAUGAGAAUUCUAUUGCUAAGCACCUUCCACAUGCCUCAAACUGCAGUCAAUUCUGCAAAUGUGACCAUGGGAAACCUGUGACAUUCGACUGCCCUGCUGGACUCCACUUCAACCCUACUCUGGAAGUAUGUGACUGGCCAGAAAACGCAGGUUGUGCAGGUGGAUCAGCAUCAACUUCAGCUCCCAGCUCCACAUCUGCCCCUACAAGUGCUGCCACUACAGCUGCUCCAACUUCAGCACCAAGUUCAACAGCUAACCCUGCUCCAUCGGGAGACUGUCCAGCUGUCGGAACAUGCCCACAGAAUGAAGAUGAAAAUUCUAUUGCUAAGCACCUUCCCCAUGCUUCAAACUGCAGUCAGUUCUGCAAAUGUGACCAUGGGAAACCUGUGACGUUUGACUGCCCUGCUGGACUCCACUUCAACCCUACUCUGGAAGUAUGUGACUGGCCAGAAAACGCAGGUUGUGCAGGUGGAUCAGCAUCAACCUCAGCUCCUAGCUCCACAGCUGCUUCUACAAGUGCUGCCACUACAGCUGCUCCAACGGCAGCACCAAGCUCAACAGCCCAACCAACAGAGGCCCCAUCAGGAGACUGCCCAGCAGUAGGCUCCUGCCCACAAUAUGAAGAUGAGAAUUCUAUUGCUAAACACCUACCUCAUGCAUCCGACUGCACUAAGUUUUGCAAGUGUGACCAUGGGAAACCUGUCACUUUCGACUGUCCUGCUGGACUCCACUUCAACCCUACUCUAGAAGUAUGUGACUGGCCAUACCGUGCUGGCUGUGCAAACAAAUCAGGAUCAUCCGCUACGUCUAGCUCAUCUACAGCUUGACCAACAAGUAAGCGGCCAUUACCAGCGACACCAACUACUGCUGCACCGAAGAGUUCCAUAGGGUCAGGUGAUCAAGAGCCUUGCAUGUCAGUGUGAUCAUGUUGUGCAUAUGAUCUACUCCUUAAUGCCAAGUAUCUUACAUAUAAAACCAACUGUACUGUAUAUUGUAGACGAUGUAGCAAUAGCUUGGAAAUGUCUGGAUGACUGCAUUUCGGCGUAAAACUACAGGAUUGUGACUGGCCUUCUUGCACUGGUUGUGAAUCACUGAAAAGUGCAUUUAUAUAUUUGAACUGUAUACUAUGUUACAAAUUUUUAUGGUAAUAUGAUUAUGUAUUGUACAUAUUCCUUUCAGAACACGUAAUAAAGUCAUACAUUUAAUGCUCCUAAA